ACAAACAUCCUUCAAUUCCUCACUUCAAUGCCAUUAAUCAUCACCCACAUCUCUGCUUUUUCCUUUAUUUAUUUAAUUUUUAUAGUAAAAUCAUUCUUUAUUUUUCUUCUCAUUUUUAAGUAAGGAGGUCUAGAUCUCCUCCUGCAUGGUUUAUUUGGAGGUUGUAGUAAUAAACACUCCACUAAAUACCCAAUCAAAAUCAAAAAAACCUAUAAAAAUAAAAAUAAAGAUAAUUGUUGAGAUUUCUAGUUCCCAAAGAAACAAAAGAGGGGAAUAAACCACAAAAAAACAAGGAAAUGAGUGGGGAUUCAAACCCAUUGAAACCCCUCUCAUUUUACAAACAAAAUUCAUUUGUAAUUAAGCUUCUCAUUCUCUUUCUCCUGUUUGGUUUGACAAUUCAUCUAUUUUCUUCCAAUUCCAUUCAUUAUUCAUCCCCUGCUUUCGAAUCACACACUUCUUCCCCUCAAACUGAUAAAGGAUCCGAUUCAACCAAAUUAUUUAGAGAUGAAGAAAAACCAAAAUGUGAUUUGUUUAAAGGUGAAUGGAUUCCAAAUCAAUCUGGUCCAGUUUACAAUAACAGUAGCUGCCCUUUCAUUGAGCACCAUCAGAAUUGUAUGACUAAUGGGCGACCCGAUUCGGGGUAUCUAUAUUGGAGGUGGAAACCUUUGGAUUGUAACUUGGCUAAGUUCAAUCCUGAAAGGUUUCUUGAUUUGAUGAGGAACAAGUCAUUUGCAUUCAUUGGAGAUUCUAUUUCUCGCAAUCAUGUGCAAUCCUUUCUUUGUAUCCUGUCUCAGGUGGAGCUAGCAAAGGAGAUAUAUCACGACGAGGAAUAUAAAUCAAAGACGUGGGUAUUUCCCAAGCACAAUUUUACAGUGGCGGUAAUUUGGUCACCAUUCCUAGUGAAAGCCGAGAUUUUCGAAGACAACGAUGGUUUUUCAACAUCAGAAACUCAGCUCCAUCUCGACAAGUUAGAUGAAAAAUGGACAAGCCAAUACAAUAACUUUGACUAUGCGAUAAUUGGAGGUGGAAAAUGGUUUCUGAAGACUGCAAUCUACUUUGAGAAUAACACAAUCCUGGGAUGUCACUACUGCCAUGGGGAGAAGAACUUGACAGAUCUCGGGUUUGAUUAUGCUUAUCGCAAAGCACUUGAGCUAGUUCUAAACUUUGUGAUAAAUUCAAAUCAUAAAACGCAAGUUUUGUUAAGAUCAGUAACCCCAGAUCACUUUGAAAAUGGAGAAUGGCAUAAUGGUGGGACUUGUAAUCGAAGAGUGCCAUUCAAAGACGGAAUGGUAAACAUAACUGAUAUAGAUAGGAUACUUCAUGAGGUAGAGUUGCAGGAAUUUGAUAAGGCGAUUGGAGUUGCGUUGGAGAAAGAGGUGUGGUUAAAGCUUCUUGAUACGACCCGACUCUCACUAUUGAGGCCCGAUGGACAUCCUGGCCCGUACAGACAGUCGCAUCCUUUUGCAAAGGAUAAAAAUGCAAAGGUACAGUAUGAUUGCUUACAUUGGUGUUUGCCAGGGCCGAUUGACUCGUGGAAUGAUUUGGUCAUGGAGAUUUUGAUGAACGACUAGUGAAAGAAUUAAGAGAGGGCGAUGGAAUGUUGUUGGCUUGGGCUAGCGUUUGGUGUAAAUCCAUUUUUCACUUUGUUAAUUACUUUGUAAGAAAGAAGGCAAAAGAUAAGAAGGUGGGUUGAUAGUUUUGUCAUUUAGCUAAUUUAAAAAUAAUACUUCCUCCA